CAGAAUACUUUGCGAGGCCGUUGACAACACGUCAAAAAUGGCAGAUCCAGCACCUAGUAAAAGUGAUAUUGAAGAAAUUUUUAAAAGAUUGCGAGCUAUUCCAACGAAUAAGACAUGCUUCGAUUGCAACGCGAAAAAUCCAGCAUGGUCCAGUGUAACUUAUGGUGUCUUCUUAUGCAUCGACUGUUCUGCAGUUCAUAGAGGAUUAGGAGUUCAUUUGACAUUUGUUCGGUCAACUCAACUUGAUACAAAUUGGACUUGGUUACAGUUAAGAAACAUGCAGUUAGGAGGAAAUGCAAAUGCUAGAAAAUAUUUUACACAGCACAAUUGCACAACAACGGAUGCUCAGCAAAAAUACAAUUCACGUGCCGCUAUGCAAUAUAGGGAAAAAUUGGCACAGGCAUCUGCACAAGCAAUGCGGCACUAUGGAACAAAGGUUUUUCUUCCUUCAACAAAAAAUAAAACAAUGUUACAUUUAGAGGAAGGUCCAACAUCAACUUCUGAAGAACAAGGUGAAAUUGAUUUCUUUAAAGAACAUGAAAACUUUGAAGUACAUCAUAAUGAAUCUUCAGUAUCUCUUGAGACAAAUUCAAUUUCUCUAUUUAAUUCUAUACCGCACAAGAACAAUGAGGAUAAAAAUAAUCAAAAAGAUAUGCCAGAUAUGCCAUCUAAUUUUUUAGGACCUACCGUAAAAUUAUCCGAUUCUACAUCGAAUUUGAUACCUGAAAGAAAAUCUACCAUAGGUGGCCGAAAAGUUCAAGCUAAACGACCUGGUUUAGGAAAAAAAGCUGGAGGUUUGGGUGCUCAGAGAGUUAAAACAAAUUUUGAUGAAUUAGAGAAAAGUGUUGCUGAAGCUGGUAAAGAAUUACAGGAGAAGGAUCACCAAGAAAAUACGAAAGAGGAAGAAGAAGAAAUCGCUACCCGUCUUGCAUAUCGUUACGAACAGAAUUUAAGUGAACAAGCUAAGAAAGUUGAACAGAGAGCAAAACAUUUAGAUCCUUCUAAAGCAACACAGGCAGAACGUCUUGGUAUGGGAUUUAAUACACGAAGUGGCGCAAGUCAUUCUGCGGUUGGUGACAUGCGGACAAUAACCCAGGAAACAUCAUCGAAAACUAUAACUGCAUCUGAACCAAAGCCAAGAGAAAUCGAUAUUGAACGAGAUCUUUUUAUUAGUUUAGAUGAAUUUUAUGCGGCCUUAUCAACCCCGUAUACUAGCAACAAUAACAAUAAAUCUCGUAAUGAGGAAGUACUUGUUAUUGCAGAGCCAGAACCACCAAAACGAACAGCUCCGCCGAGCAAACCAAACAGUAAUAAAAAUGAUAAUAAAACAUUGGAGGGAGAAGCACAAAAGAAAUUUGGUAGUGCUAAGGCUAUUAGUUCAGAUCAGUAUUUUCAGGACAGCAAAGAUGAUGAUUCUUGGGAACGUAAAAGCAAUUUACGACGUUUCGAAGGUUCGUCUAGUAUUUCGUCAGCUGAUUAUUUUGGCACAGGAAGUUCUACGGCAACAUCUCCUACGUCUUCUUUGUCAAUGCGUCUUGGUGGCGGAAGAGCAGGAGUGGAUUUAGAUGAUGUUAGGGAAAGUGUUCGUCAAGGAGUAAACAAGGUCGCGGGUAGAUUAAGCUCCCUUGCUAAUGCGGCUGUUUCCUCUAUACAAGAUCGCUACGGACUCUGAAUGAAAACUUAUGCAUUUUAUUAAGAUUGUUACUAAACUUAUAUUUGGACACUUCUUGUCCAUUGUUCGAAACUGUAAAUAAAAACUUAUAAUUCA